AUGGAUUACGAUGCGUUUGUAGAGGCCCAUAAACCGCAACUCCUGUCCUCUGGUGUUCCGGAGCUAUUUUGGCCUACCCUGUACCGUAAGCUUGUGGGGCAAGUCUUUGAUGCCAAUUGUGCGUUUUCACUUCUUUUCGUCGACUACGGUGACGAGACACGGUCACCGGAGGAUCCCGUGUGCUUGUUGCGAGUGUCCAAAGAAAGUGGCAUCAAAGCGGACGAUCCGACGGAGAUCUAUCUGAUCGAUCAUGCGUGGACGUUCCGAACGGACAAUGCGCGCCAGUUGCUCCACGAUCAUCCGGCACUGGUGAGCCGGCUAGCGGUUAUGAUGGGCCUGCAGGAGGACGACGACGAAGUACCGCCGAUCGCGUACAUUCCGCGCAUUCUGCAGAACAUGUGGCGCUGGUGCCACCCGUACUCGGUCAGUGCCGAUGGUUUGUCGGUCGAGAACCGGAUGCCGAUCUGGUACGUGAUGGACGAGGUGGGGAGUGCGGUCUUACACUUGGAAGAUUCGUUCAACUGUCGCAUCGUGCCAUUUAUGCACAUUCCCGAGGGCGUCACGUACAGCUUGCUGUUCCCCAUCGAGGACAUUGCGGAGGGCGACAAUCUUUACCGUGAUUUCGUGGAAGGUGUGCCAAUCGGCUCACAGGAACGCGAGGCCCUGCUACUGCCGUGGCGUUACACUUCCUUCGUGAAGGAAGACUUUAGUCAAACGGAACCUCCGGAGGAGUACUUUGCUGCCGGUCACGUGGCGGAGACGCUCCCGAGCCCAGACAUCCCGCCACCGCUUAUCGAUGCGAACCGACCGCUCAAAGUGUACUCACAGUACGAGCUGGUGACCCAGUAUCUGACCGACCCAGCGUACGAGAUGGUCAGCGAUCCGUCCGAAGCGGACAUUCUCUGGAUGACGACCCACUUCAAGGGGUACCGCGAGCUGAGCGAAUCGCGACCGAACACGUUCGUCAAUCAGUUCCCGUUCGAAAACGUGUUGACCAUCAAAGACCUCUUGAGCGUCGUGUGCCGGAGAAUGGCCGGCGACCGCAAAAGUGACGAUGCACUGGCCAACCCGAGCCCACGGUGGCUACCGGUGACGUACAAUCUACAAACGGAACUGGUCGCGUUUGCCAGUUACUUCCAGAACCGGGCGCAGCGCGGAAUGGACAACCACUGGAUCGUGAAACCGUGGAAUUUGGCCCGGACGCUCGAUACGCACAUUACCGACAACUUGACGCAGAUCAUGCGCCUUCAGCAAACUGGUCCAAAGAUUGCGCAAAAGUACAUCGAGCACCCGGUGCUGUUCGAGCGGCCAGAGCUCGAGGCGGCCGUCAAGUUCGACGUGCGGUACGUGCUGCUGGUGAAGAGCGUCGACCAGCUGUGUGCCUACGUGUACACCAACUUCUUCCUGCGGUUCGCCAACAAACCGUUCCAGCUGGACGAUUUCGAUGACUACGAGAAACACUUUACGGUGAUGAACUACACCGCCGAGUACACGCUGCGGCACAUGAAGUGUGCCGAGUUUCGGGACAACUGGGCCGUACAGUACCCGAAGCACGGCUGGGAGCAGAUCGAGGCGGAUAUCGGCACCAUGCUGAAGGAGAUGUUGCUUGGGGCGACCCAGGUAGGGCCACCGUGCGGCCUUGGAGCCUGCGAGCAGUCGCGCGCCCUCUAUGCGGUCGAUCUGAUGCUCGAGUGGACCGAGGCCGGGACAAGGAUGCAACCGAAGCUGCUGGAGGUCAACUUCAUACCGGACUGCCAGCGGGCGUGCGAAUAUUAUCCGGAGUUCUACAACGAUGUGUUCAACUUGCUGUUCCUGGACCAAGAGAACCUGGACGUUUUCAGGCGAAUUGUGUAA